CACACACCGCUGCAGUGUAAACAGACAUGGCGCUGCGCGACGGGGCUCGGCGGUUAAACUUGCUCUUCACAACCCGUCAUUUUUAUAAAUACACGUCACUUGUUGCCGUCCGAUCGGUGUCCGAAAAUGCAAGCUCUAAAUCUGCAACAUCGGGCGCCUCAGAGACCGCGAGUGACCAUUCCAUCUUCACAGCAGAGCACUUUGCCCUGAAGGAGGCCCUCAGGAAGCUCAUCGACCAGGAGAUUAACCCGUAUGUGGAUCAGUGGGAAGCAGAGGGGGCGUUUCCAGCCCACAAAGUCUUCAAGCUGUUGGGAAACGCCGGCUUUCUAGGAGUCAACAAACCAGUUGAGUACGGAGGCCUGGGCCUCGACUUCAGCUACAGCGCGGCCGUGGCGGAGGAGCUGGGCUCCAUCCGCUGCGGAGGCAUCCCCAUGGCCAUCGGGGUGCAGAGCGACAUGGCCACUCCAGCACUGGCCAGGUUUGGCUCAGAUGAGCUGAAGAAAGAGUUCCUCGUUCCCACCAUCAUGGGAGAUAAAGUGGCCUGUCUCGGAGUCUCGGAGGUCGGAGCUGGCUCUGAUGUCUCCAGUAUCAUAACCAAGGCGGUAAGAAAAGGAGAUGAAUAUGUCAUAAACGGAGGAAAAAUGUGGACCACCAACGGAACCCAGGCAGACUGGAUGUGUCUCCUGGCCAACACCAGCGACGGGCCUCCACACAGGAACAAAUCCCUCAUCUGUUUGCCCAUGAAACUGCCCGGAGUGCACAUUGCCCGUAAGAUUGAUAAAAUGGGCAUGUGGUCAUCGGACACAGCUGAGGUGUUUUUCGAUGACGUCCGUGUUCCCUGUAAGAACCUCAUCGGCCAGGAAGGCAUGGGCUUCACCUAUCAGAUGCUUCAGUUCCAGGAAGAGAGGCUCUGGGCAGUGGCCAAUGUCUUGACCACAAUGGACAUCGUCAUUCAGGAGACCAUCCAGUACACCCGACAGAGGAAGAUCUUCAAGCAGCCCGUCCUUCACCACCAGGCCGUUCACUUCCGGCUGGCUGAGCUUCAGACGGAGGUGGAGCUGCUCCGCUCACUCCUCUACCGAGCCAUCGGACUGUACAUUAAAGGGAAUGAUGUCACCAUGAUGGCGUCCAUGGCCAAGUUAAAGGCGGGGCGCCUGGCUAGAGAACUUAGCGAUGCCUGUCUCCAGUACUGGGGAGGAAUGGGCUUCACCAGUGAAGUGCUGGUUAGCAGGUUUUACAGGGAUUCCAGAUUAAUCUCCAUUGGUGGAGGAGCUGAUGAAGUCAUGCUGGGAAUCAUCUGCAAGUACAUGGACAUCCUACCCAAGAGCUAAUGUUAUUGCAGGCCUUUAGCUACGACUGCCAAUCUGACCUUAGUAACCAAGCAGAGUUAAAAGUCUGUCACCAAAGUGCAAUUUUUGUGUUUUAACAUUUUGCUGUUAGAUAAACGCACUUUGCACUUAACUCAUUUCAGAAGUUGAGUUUGUUUUUCUGUCAAUUAGUCUGAAUUGUAAUAAUUCUAGCCCAUCUAAUGGUUGUAAAUGGAAAACACAUGGGUCAAUUCUGAUCAUAAAGUUUUAUUUACAUUAAUAACAUUUUUACAAAGAUUAAACAAUAUACUGGGCUAAUGUUUGCACUUGAGUUGGUGCGUGUGCAUCGAGAAGAAAAAAACAGUCAGUCAUGACAUUGAAAUGAACCUAACAAAUGUACAUUUUAGUGAUUUGUAAAUUUCUAACAAUUCAAUAAUGAAAUUGAAUAAAGCCAUAUUUUACCACUUAA